UUAAAUCUGAACCAGAUUAUAUACGGGUUACAUGGUUUAUUGAUUUGAUUGCAGAUCUUGAUGGAGCAUGGAAACACCAAAUUGAAAUUAAAAAUGACAAGAUAGAAAAAGCGAACUCAUAAUCUUUUAAAUAUUAAUGAAAACUUUAGCGUGUUGCUAAAAAUAUUUUUUUUCAAAAUCCAAGAAUUUAGCACACGAAAAUAAUUGGAAUAAAUUAUGUACACGGAUUUAACAUAUACAUUGUAUAAAUUAUUACACUGUUUUCCUUAACCAAAAAUAAUCUCGUGCUUUCAACGUAUGGGUCAAAAAAUCUAGUGAGUCUUUAACUUUGCGGGUUUAGCAUCUCAUCUUCGUUGACUAUUUUCAUGUUUCUCAUUUCGCUUUUUAGAUGAAACUGACAAACCGAUGAAUAUUUGUAAGGAUCAAUGCUCUUGAGAUUGUUACGACUUUGAUAUACGAUUAAUUCAGUUUUUUCAGUUUCUUUCUUUUUAAAAAAAAUAGUUUAUUCGUUGCACAAAAAAAAGAAGAAUUAGUUUAUUCCAGUUAUUACGUUAUAAAUUUUUUGAUGAAAAAACCCUAAAGCGAGAGCGGCGAUUUCACAGGCGACGCAAACUCGUUUCUAGGUACAGUUCUCUUCUUCUCCAAAGGUUCGAAAAUCAUGGAAGGGAAAGGAACUAGCCGAGAUCUUCUUGAAUUAGAACACAAGAAUCCUCCUUCCUCUGCUAUCGAUUCAGCACUUUUGAUCCGCAAGGAGACCAAGAGGGUGGCUACUCCAUCGAAGCCAACGAUAAUUCCACUUCCCAAAAGCGAGUUUCUUGACAAAGUCAAAGGCUUUCUGGGGAUCAUGGCGGAAGCUAACAAAAAGCUGGAGCAAGAAACAGAGGAAGGAAACUCUGAGGCUUUUGAUAUCGAAGCACUUACUGGAAUUGAAUCUCAAGUUAUUGAGAUGGAUUUGAUGCUUGGUGUUGCUGAUCUCAACACACCUGAAGCAGUCAAUACGGCUGAAGCAGCUAUUGCCGGUAAUGGUGUGGUUUAUGGAAGUGGAGGAGAUUCAAGCAGCGAUGAGAGUGAUGGUGACGACGAAGGUGAUGAUAAGAUGAGCUCUUUGAGUGAAGAAAGCAGCAGAAAACGAACCAAGAUAAUGGAGCUCUCUUAAGAUCAUGUUUUCGCUUCUCACGUUCUUUAUUUUAUACCAGGGGUUGGCCUGCCCUGAGGACGAAUAGGUUUACAAUAAAAUAUUUUAUAUUAAAAUAUAUUUUAACUUUCUAGAACAUUUAAAAUUCUGUGGGUUUUCAAAGAUUUUGUGUUGUUGGUUGUUUAAGUUUGGAAUCCAUAGUCCAUUGAGUAAAUUAUUUUUGCGUUUAGGAGUUUGUCAUUGUUUUGCGUGGGGUAUUUUUUUCAAAUUUUUAAAAAAUUUAUGUUUAAACAUUUUGGCCUCAGGAUGUUUAUUUUAGCUAUUUUAAUUUCAUAGUGAUGAGUUUUUUUUGUUUUA